CACCCCCUUGGCUAUUGUUUCGGAAUCUUUUAGCAUGCAUGAGCACGAGCACUAGCAUCCAUCUGAUCUCUACUCCGUAUCCCUAUCCCUAUCCUGUAGAGCAUGGACUGACUGAUAGAAGCAAGCAAGCAACACAGCGCCCAAACGAGACAAGGGGUGGGAGAGUAACAAAGAAACAUGGCUAGUCUCGUUUCUCACAAUAGCUUGGCGUUCGAGAGGAGAGGCUGUAAGACAUUCCAGCCCAUAUUCAGAGACAUAAACUUAUACAUAGCUCCCACAUUCCCUCCUCUCCUUGGAAGCCCUUCCUUUUACUAGACCAUAACCAACCUCACUCUUCUUUUUGUUCUCUCUCUCUCUCUCUCUCUAUAUCUGUGUCUUUGUACUUUCCCUGGCCUUGGCUUCUUCCGUCUUCAGUGUCUGGUUACUCUGGGGCUGAGCUGGUCUUGGAAACUUAGACAAGACACAUCCACUCCUUGACUUCUUUCUUGGCUGCAUUCGUCGCCAUCACCGUUCAAUCCUUUCGGUAGCUGGCUGACCGUCCUUGUUUUAUCAUUCUCUUUCCAUCCACUCUCUCUUUUCUUCUUGGUUUUGUUGCUGUUUUCCUAUUGACUGGGAGCAGUAAUUAUAUCGCUGGACUACUAACCUACCUACCUACCUACCUACCUACCUCCCUCCUUGGCAGCGUCAGUGUCGGAGCUAUUGUCACUCACUUCAAUAGCCUUCCCCUCCAGCCCUCCCUCCACUUUUGGCUGGGGAUUCCAUCGUUCAGACAAUAGGUGAUGAAUGGCAUACAGUUCACGGGUCUAUUGUUAUAAAUCGUUUGUUCAUUGCACUUGACCUUCUCAAGGCAUCAGCCUCGUUCUGAUACAACCCACCACCCGGCACAAAUCAUAUGUAUCUGUGAACGACUUGAUCGCAUUCUUUCAUUCACACUCAAAAGAACUUCAGCUUCAAAUCAGAAUCGAUCUUGCGAAUAGUUUUAACUAGAAACAACACGACAUAACACCCCCCCCCCCCUCUCUCUCUCUCUCUCAGAAGCAAUGCACUCCUCCAUCCUCGCGCUGGGCCUUGCGGCCUUGUUCAAUGGUGCGUUUGCACAGAAUAACUCCUACUCUCAGUACUCCAUCAAGACCACAUACGACUCUUCCAACUUUUUCGAAGCCUUUGAAUUCUUCAACGAGAAGGAUCCUACGAACGGCUUUGUUGACUACGUCGAUGCCGACGCCGCCAACUCCGAGGGUUUGGCUGGCUAUGUCGAUGGCGCUGUCUACAUGGGUGUAGACUACCAGACAAAGAACCCCUCCAACGGCCGAAGGUCUGUCCGUGUCACCUCUCACGACGCUUUCACUCACGGUCUCUUCAUCGCCGAUAUUGCCCAUAUGCCUGGCAGCAUCCCCGGUGUCUGGCCCGCAUACUGGAUGUUCGGCCCCAACUGGCCAACCUCUGGCGAGAUUGAUAUCCUCGAGGGCGUCAGCACUCAGACCGAGAACAAGAUCAGUCUCCACACUGGGCCUGGCUGCAGCAUCACCAAUGAUGGCACCACUCAGGGCACGACCCUCGAGUCCGAGAACUGCGAUUCUGCUGGUGCCUCCGCCGGCUGUGGCCAGAACACCUCAGACAACCAGAACUACGGCGAUGGCUUCAAUGACAUCGGCGGCGGAGUCUACGCCACUGAGUGGACAUCCGACCACAUUGCUGUAUGGUUCUUCCACCGUGGUCGCAUCCCGCAAGAUAUCCAGUCCGGUAACCCCACCCCUUCAUCCUGGGGUCCUCCCGCUGCCAAAUUCAACGGCGGCCAAGGCUGCAACAUCGACGAUCACUUCAAGGAGAACAACAUCGUCUUUGAUACCACUUUCUGUGGUGACUGGGCUGGCUCUCCUGAUGUCUGGGGCAAGAACCCAGAGACCUCGUCUUUGGGAGACUGCGAGGACUAUGUUGCCAACAACCCUGCCGACUUCAAGAACGCCUACUGGCUCGUAAACAGUAUCAAGGUUUACGUCCAGGGAGGCUCGUACGGUGGUGGUGGUAACGGAACCACCGGUGGCGGCAACUCUGGCAGCGGUAACAGCGGUAGUGGUAACAGUGGUAACGGCAACUCUGGCAACGGCAACUCGGGAAAUGGAAAUUCUGGUAAUGGCAACUCUGGUAAUGGCAACUCUGGUAAUGGCAACUCCGGUAACGGAAACUCGGGUAAUGGAAACUCGGGCAACGGAAACAGUGGCAAUGGCAACAGCGGUAACGGCCAGAGCGAAAAUGGCGAUGGCCAGACCAACCCACCCAGCAGUACUCAGCCAGGACAAGACACCCAGAACGGUCAGCAAGGUCAGAACGGUGAUGGAUACUCACCUGACAGUCAACACGGCCAGGGUGGUGGCUACAGCACUGGCCAAAGUUUCGACAAUGGCCAAUACCAUGGCCCCGGAGCCUACAAGACCACCAAGUCCCAACCAAGCGGCACCACAAGCUGGGACGGAAACGGUUGGCGAGUCGGGUCCAAGCGAUCCGUCAUCUCGAAGCGAUAUCUUGCAUGAACAGGUCGAGCUUUUAUUCUUUACAAACAUAUGAGAUACCCCCUUAUACACAACAAGGAAAGACACAGGUCGGCGGUGGCGGUGGCGGUGGCGGCUGUUUUUACAUGACAUUUCAACAGAUAUUGAACAUCUGUCAAAGCAUUUUCGAUUCUAGAUUUCUUAUGUCAGCCUUUACUCUUCUCAGUACAUACAUAGACUAUACAUAGUCAGCCAUCUCUUGGCUACAAGUGGUUGAUGACCAUGCGAGCAUAUGAAGUAUUUAGCAAUGCAAGUCUUAUGAGCCUAA